AUUUUUAAUACUCGAACGAUCAAUUCUUUUUCUUUUUUUUCUAUAUUCAUAAUAAUUAAUUAUGAAUAACUAAGAAUGAAAAGAAUAAAAAAUUAAUAGCCAAGAUUCCAUUAGUUUACUAAAUUCCUAUACAUGUACAAUUUCUGUUAUGUAAGCCCGCUUAGCUCAGAGGUUAGAGCAUCGCAUUUGUAAUGCGAUGGUCAUCGGUUCGACUCCGAUAGCUGGCUUUUCUCUAUUUGUUUAAUUUUUUACAUAAUUGAUAAUGUUUUUUUAAAUCAAAGAAUAUUGAAAAGGCCCCUUUCCCUUUUUUCCGAGGGUGACCGAUUAUUAUGUGGUAGGAACUUCCAAUUAGGAAUAAUAUGAAUAAAGGUUAGAGUAGUUAAAUCUCUGCAGAACAAAUCAAGAACAAGAAAAGAACCUUUUUUUUUCUAUAUACAUUAUUGGUAUAUAUACAAUAAGGAAUAAGGUCCGGAUAUUGAUACAAUCCACUCAUUAUUAUUUGUAAUAUACUAAUUUAGUAGAUAGUAGAUUUUGCUUCAUUUAUCAUAUUUAUCCUUUAGUUCAGUUUUAAUUUAGUUCAGUUUUAAUUUAGGUUUCUGAAAAUUCAAAAACAAUAAAAAGAAAAUAAGGAGUUUUUAUGUCACGUUACCGAGGGCCUCGUUUCAAAAAAAUACGUCGUCUGGGGGCUUUGCCGGGACUAACUAGUAAAAGGCCUAAAGUCGGGAGCGAUCUUAGAAAUCAAUCACGCUCCGGUAAAAAAUCUCAAUAUCGUAUUCGUUUAGAAGAAAAACAAAAAUUGCGUUUUCAUUAUGGUCUUACAGAACGACAAUUACUUAAAUAUGUUCGUAUCGCCGCAAAAGCCAAAGGGUCAACAGGUCAGGUUUUACUACAAUUACUUGAAAUGCGUUUGGAUAACAUCCUUUUUCGAUUGGGUAUGGCGUCAACUAUUCCUCGAGCCCGCCAAUUAGUUAAUCAUAGACAUAUUUUAGUUAAUGGUCGUAUAGUAGAUAUACCAAGUUAUCGCUGCAAACCCCGAGAUAUUAUUACAGCGAGAGCUGAACAAAAAUCUAGAGCUAUGAUUAAAAAUUAUCUUGAUUCAUCCCCCCAGGAGGAAUUGCCAAAACAUUUGACUCUUCACCCAUUCCAAUAUAAAGGAUUGGUCAAUCAAAUAAUAGAUAGUAAAUGGGUUGGCUUGAAAAUAAAUGAAUUACUAGUGGUAGAAUAUUAUUCUCGUCAGACUUAAACCUAACUAAAAUAACAAGGGUUCGGAUAAUUUUGCCCCCUUGUCGCCUAAGUAAAGAAAUCAAAAGUAAGGGCUUGAUCUGGAGUAUUAUCUCCCAUUCAUAUAUCAUAGAACGAUAGGGAUAUUUUCAUUCCUUUCCAUUUUUUCCAGUAUUUUCUGUACCGCAGAAAUUAGGAAUAUUAGGAAUAGAGAAUCUAUAUAAAGGAAAGGUCUAACUGUUGGAAUAAAGGUAUCCAUUGUUAUGUGAUUUGAUACAUUGCGAUUCGUAACAUUGAUAAAUUAGGUGAAGGUACGGAAGAGAGGGAUUCGAACCCUCGGUAAACAAAAGCCUACAUAGCAGUUCCAAUGCUACGCCUUGAACCACUCGGCCAUCUCUCCUACAUAAUGAUUCUGGCCCAGAACCCGAGUGAAUCGCGAGUCAUUUAUAUUAGAUUGUUGGAUAGGUAAAGAUAAUUUUGUUUUUGUGAAAAACUCUUUGUUAAAAAUAAUAAAGAUAUAUAUUUAUUCGUGUUUGUGAAGACAGCCCUUCCGUCUUUUUUUGAUAUCUAUACCGGCUUAAAUCAUUAGAUUGGAACGACUCGAAUGAUCGGUCUAUCUUUUUUUUUUUUUAUGAAUUGAGUCUGUUUUUUAUGUUAUUUUGUACUGUACAACUACUUUUUGUGGGAUCGUUUUCUCAUGAGAGGUAAUUAAAAGAAAUUAUAAAAUGGAUUGCUACCUAUGCCUAGAUCUCGGAUAACUGGAAAUUUUAUUGAUAAGACUUUUUCAGUUGUAGCCAAUAUCUUAUUACGAAUAAUUCCGACAACUUCGGGAGAAAAAGAGGCAUUUACUUAUUACAGAGAUGGUGUGAUUUGAUUUUUUUAUUUACCGCUGUCAAGUCUUAGGAGAAAGACACAUUAGUCUGGAUAGAAAGAUUUGAAAUAACUCUACGCUUGUUGAAGGUGAAGUUUAUAAAUAAAACAAUUCCUUCUGUCUGGUAUCCCCGAUUAAUGCAGCCUCAAAUGCUUCAAUUGUCAAUUCUAGCAUUGAACGAAAGGUUACACCUAUGCCUAUGGCUAUGGGUUCUGUAUUGCAGGUUAACCCUACCCCACUAGUACCAAUAGGCGGCAUAGAGGAAGAAGCACUACGCCUAGGAAUCAACAACGCAAAAACUUUGUUAGAAAUUAUCCCUUUCUUUAUUGGGAUCUGGACUAAGAGGAAUGGUUGGGACAACAAACAUCCAUCUCGUUCGUACUUUGGAUACCCGUAUAACCAUCGAAGACUGUUGAAGUGACUAAUUCCUAGAAAUUAAGGAAGAUUGAGGACAAAGAAAUUGUUGGAGUUAACUUAAUAUUUUUAUCUAGUAUCAACAUGCUUGAUGUUAAGAAAAGAUCUUUUGCAGGAAGGUUGGCUAGAGAUUUCUUGUAAAAACACUAGCCCCGCUCAGUUCAU